AUGGAAAUCCCACAGCCGGUCCUCAAAGCCGUCGCCGUCGCCCUCUCGAUCGGCAUCCUCGUCGAGCUCGUCGUCCUCGCGAACAUCUCCAGCUGGUAUCGCGAGAACCGCAUGGGCUGGAAGCCCGACACGGGCCGCCCCGUCGCCAACGACGACGACGACGACGACGAUGACGGUGAGGCUCGCCAGGAGUCUGCCCCUCCCCAGCGAGACACUCGGAUGCCGCCGGUAGACCACACGCUCUGA